CUCGGCGGUAACUUUUGAUUUAUCGUUUGUUUUCCGGAACGUUUUAUUUAUUUAUUUUUUUUUUUUUACUUCUUUACCAAAAAAAUAAUAAUACAACUGGUCUUGUUUAUAUAUCUGUCACAAACACGAGUUACCGUUUCUAAUCUAUCGGGGAGCAGCUGUAUAUCUAAUAUUAGCGAUGGAAAGUUAAUGAUGACUCCGGGUCCUCUGAAAAAGAAGACUUACCUAGGACAGCACCAGAUCAAGAAGAAAAUCAGCAUCCCAGGCAAAAAUGAGACACCAGACAGAGAAAAACUUCUACAGAAAACAUCAGGCAAAACAGAUAGAUCACAGAGGGUUAAUGAAGAUGGCCUUAAGGAUGGAGGAGCUCAGCUUCUACCGGGGGAAUCCACCUUAGCUCUGGAUGAAGAGAUGCUGCAGGUUCUGGAUGUUGUUGAUCUUUCUAAGGGGGAAGUUAAGGGAGAUGUUAUGAGAAGACAGUAUGCAGAUGGAUUUUCUCCUCCACAACCCAUAAUACAGACUACAAACAGUAAAAUGGACAGAAACAAUAUGAAAAUAGACAGGAAAACACUUAUUUACACACAUGAGGGAGAGAACCCCCAGCAGAGAGGCUGUGGGUCUAAAGGGGAAUCUUACAGACCAGGAUGGAGAGUCGACUGCAAAGACCUGGCUCAGAGGCUUCUCUUCAGCGAGGACUCUGGUGAAGUAGGUCCCUCUAAGGGGAAUGAACAGAAUAACCAUCCCAAUGAUGCUCCUGCCCCUUUCAGCGCCCUGGCAUGUAAAGCCACACAUAGCAGUCAAAAUGCAGGCAGCUCCGACAACUACAGACAGAAUCUCAGGAGAAGUAGCUCACCUCUAAGUGACAGAGAUACCUCCAGUAAGAACACCAGUCCCCCUCUGGAUGCAUCCAGGGACUAUAUCUUAUUUAGUCCCACCCGUCUAGCAGCAGCCAGGCAGAGGGCAAAACUUCAGCAGUCGUUACAGAAUCAAUCCACCUCUGUUCUCACGGUGCCCAGUGGUCUGGAGCUCAGCACACUCAGUGACACACUUCCUCCUCCAGGUGUUGCCUUGUGUGCUCCUGAUCAGCAGGCUGAAAAGCUGCUGUUAUCCAGCUGGGGAUUACCGAAGCCUGUCUUAGAGCGCUACCAGAAACACGGAGUCACUCGGAUGUUUGAAUGGCAGGCUCAAUGCCUCACUGUUGGACAGGUCCUGCAUGGGGGGAACCUUGUGUAUUCUGCACCCACCAGUGCCGGCAAAACUCUGGUUUCGGAGCUGCUGAUCCUAAAGCGCGUGCUGGAGACCAAAAGAAAAGCACUUUUCAUUUUGCCUUUUGUUUCUGUGGCCAAAGAAAAGAUGCACUACCUCCAGAGCGUGUUUGAGGAGGCUGGCAUUCGUGUAGAGGGCUACAUGGGGAGCACAUCAGCUGCAGGAGGUUUCUCUACGCUGGAUGUGGCUGUUUGUACCAUAGAAAAAGCCAAUUCUUUAAUUAAUAGACUGAUUGAAGAAGAUAGCAUGGGUCUACUAGGCAUGGUGGUGGUUGAUGAGUUGCAUAUGGUCGGGGAUUCUGGAAGAGGAUACCUGCUUGAACUGCUCCUAACCAAAAUUCGCUAUAUCGGACAGAAACAGAACACAUCAGGCUCUCUUUCAGGGGGUGUUCAGAUCAUCGGUAUGAGUGCCACUUUGCCUAAUCUCUCUCUGCUGGCUGGUUGGUUGGGUGCUGACUUAUACCAAACAGAAUUCAGACCCGUCCCCCUGCAGGAACACCUCAAAGUGGGAUGUAACAUAUACGACAGGAGCCUUUCCGUGGUUCGACAGUUUGUUCCUGCUCUCGAUAUUAAGGGUGAUGACGAUCAUAUUGUGAGCUUGUGUUAUGAGACGGUGAGUGAAGGCCACUCCGUGCUGCUGUUCUGCCCCUCCAAGAACUGGUGUGAAAAGCUGGCCGACACCAUCGCCAGGGCCUUCUAUAACCUGAGACAUACGGAUCUCCAGGGCAAAGCUGGUCCUCAGCCUGUUUGUCUAGAUCCAGAGGGCUUAGUUGAUGUCAUAGCUCAGCUGCGGCGGACUCCAGCUGGUCUUGAUCCCAUCCUACAGCGCACCGUUCCUUGGGCCGUGGCCUUCCACCACGCUGGGUUGACGUUUGAUGAGCGUGACGUGCUGGAGGGAGCGUUUCGACAGGGAUUGAUCAGAGUUCUGGCCGCCACCUCCACCCUUUCAUCAGGAGUUAAUCUCCCGGCCCGCAGGGUGGUCAUUCGCACUCCAACUUUUAAUGGACGCUUGCUGGACCCACUCACAUACAAACAGAUGGCUGGACGAGCUGGGAGAAAAGGAGUUGAUACCACAGGUGAAAGUGUUCUUGUGUGUAAGCAGAACGAGCGUCAGAAAGGUAUGAGUCUUCUGAAAGGAGAUCUUCAGCCAAUCAGCAGCUGCCUGGUCAGGAAGGAGGGCGAAGGUGUGACCACCAGCAUGCUCAGAGCCAUCCUGGAGAUUAUUGUUGGAGGUGUCGCCAGCACCCCGCAGGAUGUGAGGUUGUACGCGUCGUGCUCCCUUUUAGCUGCCAGCAUGAAAAGUGACGCUAGAAAAGAAUCGGAUGAGGAAACCAGCAGUGGAGCUAUUGAGGCUUGUGUUGAAUGGCUGAUGGGAAACGAAUUUAUUAGCAUUAAAAAGGAUGGGCAAGAUGAACAGUACUGUCCCACCCAGCUCGGUUCUGCCACUCUUUCUUCAUCCCUCUCUCCUCCAGAGGCUUUGGGGAUAUUUGCAGAUCUCCAGCGAGCCAUGAAAGGAUUUGUACUUGAGAAUAAUUUACACAUUCUGUAUCUGGUACAAAUAAAAUACCUUUAUAUUAAGACCCUAGCUAGCAAGGAAUGCACCAAAUCCUGCUAUAAAUCAUUUAAUUUAACAACCUUUAUAUAUUUCCAGAUCACUCCGCUGUAUGCUGAGUGGACCACAAUAGACUGGUAUCAGUUUUUCUGCCUGUGGGAGCAGCUGCCGUCUUCGAUGAAGCGAGUGGCAGAGCUGGUCGGUGUCCAGGAAGGCUUUCUUGCACGAUCUGUCAGCGGCAAAGUUGUAGCCAAGACAGACAAGCAGCUCAGACAGAUGGCCAUUCAUAAAAGGUUUUUCACAACUCUUGUACUCCAGGAUCUGGUCAGCGAAGUGCCUCUGGGAACCGUUGCAUCCAAGUUCAACUGCAAUCGAGGACAGCUGCAGUCUCUCCAGCAAUCUGCUUCUACGUAUGCAGGGAUGGUUACUGUAUUCUGCAAGCGUCUGGGCUGGCACAACAUGGAGCUCCUGUUGUCUCAGUACCAGACCAGACUGAGCUUUGGGGUCCAGCGGGAGCUCGUCGAUCUGGUCAGGAUUUCCCUUCUCAAUGCAACGCGCGCCAGAGCGCUCUACGCCCAGGGUCUCUGCACUGUGGCAGAAGUGGCCCAGGCCACGGUGGCUGUUGUGGAAAAAGCUUUGCGGAACGCAGUUCCAUUCAAGAGUUCAAAGAGAGCGGCGGAUGAGAGCGAGAUGGAGGCAGCGGAGAGGCGAAACCUGCGCUGUGUGUGGGUCGCCGGCGGACGGGCUCUGACAGAACAGGAAGCAGCUGCUGAGAUCGUUUCUGAGGCCAGGCUCCUCCUUCAAGAGGACCUAGCUCAACUUGGAGUUCACUGGGAUCCAUCAACUCUUCCUCCACAGGCUUCCUCUGAAAAUAGCACCGAUGAUCACCCAAGUGGGGAUUCGUCUGCUGCUAAUUCCAGCCCACAGCGUUUACAAAUGGAAAAAACUGAAGUGCAUCAAACGCCAAAGCAGGAGGCAAAGAGGAAAGCAAGAGAGGCUAAUGUGGAGGAGAUUAACACAGAUGCAAUAACGGAGAAAAGGAUUGCUGAUGGGAGAUGCUUUUUACGAGAAGCAAAGAAGAAAAAUGUGAUGGAAGUUAUGGUUAAAAGAUCUGAAGAAAGAAUCAAAGUGAAGCCCAGCACAUCAAUCCAAGAUGAUGUCGGACUUCCAGAGAAAACAGAAGAGAACAGAGGGAGUCUACAAGAAGAGGAAAAGAAAGAAAAUAUCAAGACACCAGAAAAAGAGAAGAGUAAAACAGACGAAUCAGUUGGAGAGGAGAAGGAUGAUUAUUUAAAUGAACCUGCUGCUGAAAGAAGCUUAACUCAAGAGUUGGCUCAGAUUCUAUCCAGCCCUCUCCCUCAGGGGCCCCCACAGCCUCAGGCCCCAUCCUCUCCUACCCCACCCCCCAGGUUCAGAGCCCCUAUGUCCCACACAACCCAACAACCAAGAGCUUCCACAAACACAGCUAAUGGAGUCUUCUUAACAUCCCCUCUGCAGCCAGACAGACUGAAGCACUCGGUUGCAUUAAGCAAAGUCCUGCAAUCAAUACAGACUGACAGGGGUCUGCAGGAUGAGUCAGAGCAAGUCGAGAGGUUACGGUUAAAAGCCACAAACUCUGUGCCCGUUAAUCAGAGUCCCACAACUCUUCAAGGAAACUCGGAUGAUGUUUCUACGCCUGCGGAUGUAGAUAUGUCCCAUUCCCCUCCGUCUGCUCCCCUGUUAACUCCCCUGGCCAAAAGAAGACGAGUCGAAGCCAGAGAGGUGGAUACAUUUUCCUCUCCGGAGCUGUAUGCAGGCAGUAGGACUGAGGAAGAGGGGGGUGCAGAGGAAGAAAGUUUCAGUGACAGCUUGGACUUGGACACUCAGACAGAGAGAAUUCUUGUCCAAAAUGCGUUCACUGGUGUAGCUGGAGGGACAGAUCAGGUGGUAGAACAUCAGGGGGUCCAACAGGAGGAGCCGGCAACAGAAGCUGAAAAUGAUGGAAGAGAUGAAGCUAAAGGCGCUGAGAUGUCAUCUCCUACUUUCAAUAUUUCAGUAACAGAGAGCCAGAUGGAGCUAAUCCUUAACACAGACCACAGAGUAUCUCCCAGUCCAGCUGGAAGAGGAAAUAACCAAGACGAAGAAGAUAACAUAACGGACACUAACAACGCUGCAUCAGAAAGUCCAAACAGAAGCAGUAGCUUCCUGUUCGACAGCAUGUACUACAGCCCUCUGCUGGAUGCUCCUGAGCCAGCAGGUGAGGUAGAAUCUGCCAGCUUGGGCGGCGCUCCAUCUGCCCAACAGAGACGACGCAGUGAGCUUCUCGCAAACCAGGAGGCGGAGGAACAGGAGGCGGUCCAGUGGGGCGAGUCCUUCUUAAACCUGUCUGAGUGGGGAGACGCUCUCUUAGUGGGUGAACACUUUCUGGAGAGGCAAAGUUUGUCGAGGCGACCUGAAGAAAAUCAGGAGCUACAGCCACCAAACAGAGAGGAAGAUCUCGUGUUAAGGUGCCAAAAUGAGCCUGAUGAGGAAAAGGCUGGCAAUAAUCAGCCUUGCAAUCAAAAUGAUAACUCCUCUACUGAUGAGGAUUUAGAUGAGGGCCGAACUACACAACAGGUUGAGAAAAGAAGCAAUGAAAAGGAAGAAAAAUGUGUUUUCAGACCCCCACAUGUCCAAAACUUCCCUGAAAGUGCUGUUUAUUGUAGCCCUGGGUUACAAGAAAUCUUUGACCGCUGGCCCAGUAUGUCUGACCCACCAGGCUCUGGAAACUCCCAAAUCCAAGCUGCCUCUGCUGCUGCUACGAGCACAGAGUCACCACAGGCUGCAGUACAACCUGACAAAAAGAGGGAACAUUCCCAACAAGCCGAUGAAGCUCAGGAGAUCCGACUCCCAGAGAGACCAGGUUCUGCCAGUGACCUCGUUCCCCCAACACAGGAAGCAGCUCCUGUCACACCAAGAAUAAAACUCACCACCUCCUCUGUCAGCUCACCUGUCGUCGCUCAGCCUCUUAAACGCUCCACUCCCUCAAUCCGUCCCCCAGAGAGAUCAGCAGAUGAAAAAUACGCCACACCUCACAUGCAGAGCAAUUGCUUAGCGCCUGCUGUUUCGUUUUUUGAUGAUAGAUCAGAGAAAAACACGCCGGUGGCACGGAUCUUCCUCCCCCCAGAGAGUCUAACGUCUCCACCACCACCCCAACCGAAGCCUCCGUCUGACACUGAGUCCUCGGUCAGUCCUGAAGGCUUCACUCUCCAGCUGUCCCAGGACGCUUCGCUCUGCUGCAGCAACUCUGGGAGCUUCACCAUCAUAGACGUGGCGAGUGAUUGCCGCCUUUUUGAUACUUUCAUAAAAGAAUGGAAGACCAAAGAGCGGUUCUCUGUGGCUUUGGCCUGUGAGAAGAAAGAGUGCAGGCAGCAGCUGGAGGAUGAGAUAGGAGGAAAACAUAAGAGAGCAUCAGCAGCUCUUCAAAAGCUUGAUGGUUUUCCAGUAAGAGACGAAGAAGACCUUACUCUGAUUGGACUAUCCGUCUGCUGGGGAGCCAGAGAUGCAUAUUACAUUUCUCUGCAGCAGGACCAGAGCAAAGGUCUGAGCUCCAGUCUGGCUCCUCCUCCACUGGAUGAUGCUCUGCCGGUAAGUAAAAGGCUGGAGCAGGUGAAGGCCUGUCUGGGUGGACAGCCAACUGGUGUCGAGCGCCCAGUGGUUAGUGUGUAUGACAUCAUCAAGGUGUACAAGAGGCUGGUACUGAGCUGUGGCAUCAGCUUGGAGGGAAACUGUGAGGAUCCAAAGGUUGCAUGCUGGCUGCUGGACCCUGGAAGUGAGGAAAGAACCCUUCCCAACAUGGUGACCGUCUACUGUCCUGAAGAGUUGCCUCUGCUGGAUGGUCUUGGGAAUGCACACUCAUUCUGUCCAAGAGUCAGAGCUGCCACCAAGAGUGUGCUCACACACGCUCUGAUGAGCCAUCUCUCAGGCCUGCUGGAGCAAGAUGGCCUCCUGGAUAUGUUUAGGAGAAUAGAGAUGCCCUCCCAGGUUUGUCUGGCUCUGCUGGAACUGAACGGAGUCGGCUUCAGUGUGGAGGAGUGUGAGAGACAAAAACACGUGAUGCAGGCCAAACUGUCAGAGCUGGAGGCCGAGGCCUACAGCCUGGCUGGACACAGCUUCUCCCUAACAAGUGUUGAUGAUGUUGCACAGGUGCUGUUUUUGGAGCUGCAUCUGCCUCCAAACGGCGACUUGGGUGGAACAAGAAAUAAGAAGACUCUGGGUUACACCAGGCGGGGCGGCGGCAGAGUGCGACUGGGGAAGCAGUUCAGCACCACAAAGGAUGUCCUGCAGAAACUUCGUCCCCUCCACCCUUUGCCAGGUGUAAUCCUGGAGUGGCGGCGAAUCACCAACGCAUUGACUAAAGUGGUGUUCCCCCUGCAGAGGGAGAAGCAGUAUCAUCCGAUACUGGAUAUGGACAGAAUAUACCCCAUCGCACAGACCCACACAGCUACAGGUAGAGUGAGCUUCACAGAGCCGAACAUCCAGAACGUUCCCAAAGAUUUUGAGAUUUCCAUGCCUACAGUGGUAGGAGAGAGCCCUCCUUCACAAAAUGGAUUCCAGAAAGCUAACAAACCAGGAAAGAGGAGGAACUCGAUGGUUCCACGUCCCACAGCUGCAUCUGCAGAGCAAGGCCCAGCCUUCUCCGUCAGCAUGAGACAUGCAUUUAUUCCUUUUUCAGGUGGGAUGAUACUGGCGGCUGAUUACUCUCAGCUGGAACUGAGAGUGCUGGCUCACCUUUCUAAAGACCAGCGCCUCCUGCAGGUACUGAAUGGGGGAGCUGAUGUGUUUCGCUGCAUUGCUGCUGAGUGGAAAAGUGUGGACCCGGAGUCUGUGCAGGACAGCCUCAGACAACAGGCCAAACAGAUUUGCUACGGGAUCAUCUAUGGAAUGGGAGCAAAAUCACUUGGGGAACAAAUGGGAGUGGAAGAGAACGAUGCAGCCUGUUACAUCGAGAGUUUCAAAGCAAGAUACAAAGGGAUCAACGCUUUUCUUAAACAGACGGUGAAGAAGUGUUUAAAGGAUGGCUAUGUUCAGACGCUGAUGGGCCGAAGGAGAUAUUUAGCCGGGAUCACCAGCACCAAUCCACACAUCAAAGCUCAUGCAGAACGACAGGCAGUAAAUACAACGGUUCAGGGAUCAGCGGCAGACAUCGUCAAACUGGCUACAGUCAACAUCCAGAAACGGUUACGAAAGACUUUUCCUGCAGCACCGCUGUCUCACCAACAUGCAAACCCAGCUCCUAAUAAGCGCAGAAUUGGGUUGUCUUGGCUUCGAGGAGCCUACUUGGUCCUACAGCUGCAUGAUGAGCUCAUUUAUGAAACCACAGAACAGGAUCUCAUACAGGUUGCACAGAUAGUAAAGAGGGAGAUGGAAUCAGCAGUCAAACUGUAUGUGAAGCUAAAAGCUAAAGUUAAAGUUGGACCCAGCUGGGGAAACCUGCAAGACCUCGAUAUAUGAAUUGACUGAUCAAUCAACCAGACUUUAAAUGCUGCUAUGUAUCAAAGUUUUGCACAGAUUUUUAAACACUACACGGACAAUGAGAUGUGACAGCUAUGAUUUAGUUCAUAUUUAUUUAUUUUAUGAUCAACAUGAGCUUUGUCCUUGUACUGUGUAUACAGAUUUAUUUAAUAAAUAGCUUCCUCUGAUGAUUCAUAAACCAGUCCCCGACAUGCCCCAGUAAUGUAGCCGUAUAUACAUAGAAAAACUUGAUUUUUUUCCAACUUUAUCUGUUGAAAUCUAUUAGAUUGAUGCAGCAGUGCUGCUUAUCUUGUAAUUCCUUCAUUUUUGGAUAAAAGACAUCACCCGCCUAUGAAAUAACCAAGAUUAAUAUU